AGCUCCCCUAGAAAGUUGGCAAUCUGGUCAGCCAAAAGAAGCAUCCCCAUUUCCUGGAACUCUGUCCGUGGUGCUGAAACAUUCUGCCCAGCCGCGCCCCCGAAGGCGCUGCGACGGCAGCGCUGUCAGCUGGGCUGAAAAAAAAUCUUCCCUGAAGCUGCCCAAAUCAGAAGAACUGUGAGUCUCUUAUUGACUCGCGUCCUCAAAGAGCAGUGAGCUUUCUCCAUCUUAAUUCGACUCUACCGCAGAGCAGAGUUGCGCCGGUGUGGUGGGAGGAGAUCAUAGGCAAGGAGACAAAACGAAUAGCAGCAUUGCUCACCUGAGACCUAAGAUGCUCCCAUGAGUUUUGCAAGCGCUCUGCUCCUCAUAGCAAAUACACAUAUUUUUACAAAGUGCUUUUAUUUUGCCUUUGUCCUUACACAAUGGUUCUGGGAUAGUUCCACCCUUCCGUUUAAAAAGCCAGAAGAUUGGACAGCAAUAAGGCUUCAGCACCAGGAAUUUAAAUUGUUUUUCAGUGGACUGACUUCCAGGACAAGAACUCAUCAGCGCCCGCCCAAAUACCAUGCGCCCUUUGCCACCGGAACCUCCCCUUCCAAUGAGACUUUCUGAUUGUGUCUACCAACUCUCCUAUUAGGAAACCCGUGGGUUGCAUGCAGCUAUUCUGUUGUAUUCUGUUCUCACUCUCCCUCUCCUUGCUCACUCGCACUCUUGCUGGAGGCACAUCAAUACCAUUCCGCUGAGAAGAAAAAAACCCACAACUACCUUAAGGGGUUAAGACAAUAUGCGCAAUUCUCGCCUUCUAUAGCGAUCACUAUUUAAACCUGGCAAGAGCCCUGCACCAGUCUUUGCAAGAAUGGAAUCCGUAAAACAAAGGGUUUUGACCCCAGGAAAAGAGGGGCUAAAGAAUCUUGCUGGAAAAUCCCUCGGCCAGAUCUACAGGGUGCUGGAGAAGAAGCAGGAGACCGGGGAGACCAUCGAGCUGACGGAGGAUGGGAAGCCCCUGGAGGUGCCUGAGAAGAAGGCGCCGCUGUGCGACUGCACGUGCUUCGGCCUGCCGCGCCGCUACAUCAUCGCCAUCAUGAGUGGCCUGGGCUUCUGCAUCUCCUUCGGCAUCCGCUGCAACCUGGGCGUGGCCAUCGUGGACAUGGUCAACAACAGCACCAUCCACCGAGGGGGCAAGGUCAUCAAGGAGAAAGCCAAAUUCAACUGGGACCCGGAAACCGUGGGGAUGAUCCACGGUUCCUUCUUUUGGGGCUACAUCAUCACCCAGAUUCCUGGCGGCUACAUCGCCUCUCGGCUGGCGGCCAACAGGGUUUUUGGAGCUGCCAUACUUCUCACCUCUACUCUGAAUAUGCUAAUCCCAUCAGCAGCCAGAGUGCAUUAUGGAUGUGUCAUAUUUGUUAGGAUAUUGCAGGGACUUGUUGAGGGUGUCACCUACCCAGCAUGUCAUGGAAUAUGGAGCAAAUGGGCCCCUCCUCUAGAGAGAAGUAGAUUGGCAACCACCUCCUUUUGUGGUUCCUAUGCUGGAGCUGUGAUUGCAAUGCCUUUAGCUGGCAUUCUUGUACAGUAUACCGGCUGGUCUUCAGUAUUCUAUGUCUAUGGAAGUUUUGGGAUGGUCUGGUACAUGUUUUGGCUUUUGGUGUCUUAUGAGAGUCCUGCAAAGCAUCCUACUAUUACAGAUGAAGAACGUAGGUACAUAGAAGAAAGCAUUGGAGAGAGUGCAAAUCUUUUAGGUGCAAUGGAAAAAUUCAAGACUCCAUGGAGGAAAUUUUUUACAUCUAUGCCAGUCUAUGCAAUAAUUGUCGCCAAUUUCUGUAGAAGCUGGACUUUCUAUUUAUUGCUUAUUAGUCAGCCAGCAUAUUUUGAGGAAGUCUUUGGAUUUGAAAUCAGCAAGGUUGGCAUGCUGUCUGCUGUGCCACACUUAGUAAUGACAAUUAUUGUACCUAUUGGAGGGCAGAUUGCAGACUUUCUAAGAAGCAGGCAAAUUCUUUCAACUACUACAGUAAGAAAGAUCAUGAAUUGUGGUGGUUUUGGCAUGGAGGCAACCCUGCUCCUGGUCGUUGGCUACUCUCACACUAGAGGGGUAGCUAUCUCCUUCCUGGUACUUGCAGUGGGAUUCAGCGGAUUUGCUAUAUCUGGUUUCAAUGUUAACCACCUGGAUAUUGCUCCAAGAUAUGCCAGCAUCUUAAUGGGCAUUUCGAAUGGUGUUGGCACAUUGUCAGGAAUGGUUUGCCCUAUCAUUGUGGGUGCAAUGACAAAGAAUAAGUCACGCGAGGAGUGGCAAUAUGUCUUCCUGAUUGCUGCCCUCGUCCACUACGGUGGAGUUAUAUUUUAUGGAAUAUUUGCCUCAGGAGAGAAGCAACCGUGGGCAGACCCUGAGGAAACCAGUGAAGAAAAAUGUGGGUUUAUCCAUGAAGAUGAACUCGAUGAAGAAACAGGGGACAUUACUCAAAAUUAUAUCAAUUAUGGUACCACCAAGUCUUAUGGUGCCACAACACAGGCCAAUGGAGGUUGGCCCAAUGGCUGGGAAAAGAAAGAGGAAUUUGUACAAGAAGAAGGACAAGACACAUACACCUAUAAGGACCGAGAUGAGUAUUCAUAACAAAACUAAUCGCUGGAUUUAUUUUUAGUGUCUGUGAUUAACUUAAUUGUGAUUGCACAAAAAUUUUUAAAAUAUGUGGUGUGAACAUGUAAACAUAUCAACCAAGCAAGUCUUGCUGUAAAAAUGAAAUGAAAACAAACUCAUGAAGUUACCAUCAAGUGCAAUCUGUAGAAGUUGUGAAAUUCCAUCUUUUCCAUUCAGGUCAUCUAUUCUUGCAUUUGUGCUUUCAAGGUUGACUGAUCAAAAACUGUAGAAACAAGUAGUUACUCAUUGGAUUUAUAGGAGCUAAAACUCAUCGCCAUUUAAUAAAGCACAGCUAAAACAGUUGGCACAUUUCAUCCUACAAAAGUUAGGAAGCCAAAGCUACUUGAUCAUGUCAAAUGCACUUCUAUAUUUGUUACACUGUAUUGCAAGAUCUCAUGCAGAAGUCGUGUUAAAACAAAACAAAACACAACAAUAUAAUGCUGUCAUGUUGGCUGCAGCAGAUGUUGACAACGUUUAUUGGGUGUAAAUCAUGAACUUGGAAUAUCUCUCAAUUAGAGAACAUUAUGGGCUAGCAAUGAGCAAGGCAUACUAAAUAAUUGUUAUUACAUAAUGUGGGCUAUUUUGUUGGUUAUCAAAAGGAAUGUCUUGCAGUGGUUUAUAUGAAAUGCUGGGCACAAACACAUACCUGUGAACGAGAACUUGUAAAGUGUGGGGUAUGCUUCAUGUUCUUCCAUUUAUUUACCUGACAGUAUAAAACACUCCACAUUUUAAUAAAUCGGACUUUUCAUGUAGCAUAUCACAUAACUUUUUUGCAAAAAAAUUAGAAAAAGACUUCAAUGUAUUUUUAUUACAACUUUGUACAGGUUGUAACUUGAAUUAGGAAAAAAAAAGAUGCACACACCAUAAAGAAUCUAAUGAGAAAUUUACUAUGGAAAUAGAGCCCUGAAAAUGCAAUAUUAACAACAAAAGAAAUAGAAAAUGGUUUAGAUAUUCUUCUUCCUUAAUAAUUAAAUGCUAUAUAAAACUUGUGCCACAGAGCUAUAUAUAAUAUAAAAAGAUAAAUUUAAUAGAGAGAUUGUAAGUAGAUAAUUUUAUUAUUUAAAGUCCCAUUUAAAAUAUAUUUGUCUUAUAUAGGACAACAAAUUAUAUUAAAAUUAUAUCUCUAUAUAUCUGUAUAUCUUAUACAUAUCCAUACACAGAAACAUAAUAAACAAUCUUCAUACAAAAAAAUAGCAUACACCUAAUGUUGGGUUAGGGGAUUGAAAUUUCUACUUUCAUAGAGUCAUAGAAUUUUAGAUGGGGGCAGAGGCAUUUUGCUUGUCACUUCUUAAUAUAACUCAACAGUAAUCGCAACAUUUGUGUACCAAGCAAUAAGUGCAAUGCAUAAAAUUUCCUGUCUGUAUCUUAUCUUUAUUUUGCUUGUGGUAGCUUUUUUGGGUGGUUGGAAUGAUUCUUUUUUUUCUUUUAAAAAAAUAACAUCAGACCUCUUUUUCGUGUUCUAAAAUGAUAAUAAUGCAUUUCCCAAUUCAACUCAAAAUAUUAUUGGUGUAUUCAACUGUCUAUUCUGGAUAUUUGAUCUGUUCAUUGUAUUGUGCUAGUGACUGGAGGCUCUGCUACUGCAAAUAUAAAACAUAAAGUCUGUUUUAAAAAUGCAAACCAUAUCUCUUGCUUUGUGUCUCAAAGUGGUGUUAUGUGAUCACAGCUUUUGUUGUAUUGAAUGAAAAGAUAUGGGCUUUCAUUUUGUUGCUGCAAAAAAAAAAGUGUUAAUAAAAUGCU